UUGCCGAAGUGUGUAGCGGUAUUAUUUGCAAUAAAAAAGAAAAGAAAAAUUAGCUUUAAGGAACAACCAAAAGGUUUCGCCACGAAGGCUAUACACGUUGGCCAGGAUCCGGAGCAGUGGCAGAGCGCCUGUGUUAUACCGCCCAUCGUCACGAGCACGACUUUUAAACAGGAUGCGCCCGGCGAACAUCGCGGAUAUUCCUACUCGCGAGGUGGCAACCCCACGCGCAAUGUCCUGCAGCAGUGCCUGGCCGCACUGGAUAAUGCCAAGUACGGCCUGACCUUUUCCUCAGGGCUGGGCGCAACAACCGCUGUCCUGGCCAUGCUCAGUCGUGGCGAUCAUAUCGUAAUGGGCGAUGACGUUUACGGUGGAACAAAUCGACUAAUACGCCAGGUGGCAACACGUUUUGGUCUAACGGUCACUUUUGUGGAUGCCACCAAUUUGGAGAGUUUUAGAGCAGCCUUCAAACCGGAGACAAAGCUGGUUUGGCUGGAGUCCCCAACGAAUCCCUUGAUUAAAGUGGCUGAUAUAAAGGCUUUAGUUAAGAUUUGUCGUGAAGUGAGCAGCGAAGUUAUUAUUGCUGUGGAUAAUACCUUUCUAACCUCUUACUUCCAAAGACCCCUCGAGCUGGGCGCCGAUUUGGUCUGCUAUUCCCUGACCAAAUACAUGAAUGGCCACACGGAUGUUGUCAUGGGCGGUAUCACAAUGAAUUGCGAUAAGCUACAUGACAGCUUGAAAUUUUUGCAAAAUUCGUUGGGCAUUGUGCCCUCUCCCUUCGACUGUUACCAGGUGAAUCGCAGUUUGAAGACCUUAUCUCUGCGCAUGGAACAGCACCAGGCGAACGCACUGCAAGUGGCCAAAUUUUUGGAAUCACAUGAUUUUGUGGAGCAGGUCCUGCAUCCGGGCCUGCCCUCUCAUCCCCAGCACCAGAUAGCUCUUGCCCAAACCUAUGGCUACAGUGGUGUCUUUUCCUUCUACAUCAAGGGUAGUCUCAAACAUUCAACGGCAUUCCUGAAGGCUCUCAAGGUGUUUACCCUAGCCGAGAGCCUUGGUGGUUACGAGAGUCUCGCCGAAUUGCCUUCGAUUAUGACGCAUGCCUCGGUGCCCGCUGAGGAUCGCAAGACCUUGGGCAUUACGGAUGCCCUUAUACGCCUGUCGGUGGGCUUGGAAGACGCUGAAGAUUUAAUAGAUGAUAUUAAAAAUGCUUUGGAUGUAGCAGCUAAAGCUUAAUUACUUCAAAUUCAGCUAAAAACUGUUCCCUGUUCCCUAAAUGAAUAAAAUAUUUGUAUAUUUA